CCGUUCGCUACCAUCGUCCUCCGUGUUCGAGAAUCGAGAUCGUGAGCGCAAGAGACAGAGGAAGAGAGAGGAGGGAGCGAAGCAACGAUGCCGACGGGUAGGCUGAGCAGCAACAUCACCCAGGACUGGGAGCCGGUGGUGCUGCGGCGUACGAAGCCGAAGGCGGCGGACCUCAAGUCGGCGAAGGCGGUGAACCAGGCGCUGCGUUCGGGCGCGGCCGUGGAGACGGUGCGGAAGUCGGCGGCGGGCACCAACAGGCACUCCGCGGCGCCGGCGGCGCCCGCGCGGAAGCUGGACGAGACGACGGAGCCCGCGGCGGUGGAGCGGGUGGCUGCGGAGGUGCGCGCGGCGAUCCAGAGGGCGCGCGUGGCCAAGGGGUGGAGCCAGGCGGAGCUGGCGAAGCGCAUCAGCGAGCGCGCGCAGGUGGUGCAGGAGUACGAGAGCGGCAGGGCGGCGCCCGCGCAGGCCGUGCUCGCCAAGAUGGAGCGCGUGCUCGAGGUCAAGCUCCGCGGCAAGGGCGUCGGCGCGCCCCUGGCGGCCGGGGGCGGCGGCAAGUGAUGCGACGGCCCUGUGCGGAAACGUUGAUGGUAGGCGAUGGAACGAACGGGUGUAGUUUGUGUCUGAUUUGGGGAAGCUGUAAGAUUUGGGGGAUGUAAAUCUGUAGUAGCGCAUUCGCACCUGCUCUCUACAAACUUCCGGCGAACUUGUAGCGAUGUUUGAUGAUUGGUGCCAAAUGGCAAUUGGCAUGUGGUUUCAAUUCGGUACCCGUGGUCUUUCUA